AUGCCUCGCGCUGCCUCGCCUUCUGCCGCCUCGCGGCAUCGCCUUCUUCUGCCGCCUCGCGGCAUCGCCUUCUUCUGCCGCCUUUACUGGCUGGCCUCGACUUCUGCCGCCUCGCGGCCCCGACCUCUUCUGCCGCCUCGCGGCCCGACUUCUUCUCGCCCUUCCUGGCACGCCUCGCGCUGCCUCGCACCCUCUGCCGCCUUUACUGGCUGGCCUCGCCUUCUGCCGCCUUGCGGCUCUGCCUCCUUCUGCCGUCUCGCGGCUCCGAACUUUGCCGCCUUGCGGCCCUUUCUGCCGCCCAGCGGCCACGACUUCCUCUGGACUGGUGGGCCGCGGGGCCCCGAGGAGCUACAGAGCCUAGAGCUCAAGGCCUCACCCGGGGAUGUCCCAGACGGUAAUCAAUACUACUACUACUACUACCUGGUGGCUGAUGGCGCCGCGGUCCGUCUACGCUCCCUCGAUGAGCGGCACCCCUUGACACCCCGUAUGAGCAUCCUCCCAACGCCUGGCCGGGAGCUAAUGAAGAGGCACGGUAUGCGGGCCCCUCGCGCGGCCCGGAAGCAGCACGCCUCGAGACUCCUGCGUCUUCACCAAAUGACGGCCCAUGCUCCGAGGCCCCGACUUCUCCCCCCAGCACCCCCUCAGCCCGACCCGACAGGGGGCGUAGACAAAACGCAGGCGGCCCGAGACUUCCACUCGUGGCUCCGGGUAUGCCCUGAAGAUACCCUCAUCGUCUACACUGACGGCUCGCAGAGCGAAGACGGCGCCUGCGGGUAUGGGUACUCGGUGUGGCUAGGCCCUACCUGUUACGGCCAGGCACAUACGAGCCUUGACGGCUAUAAAGAUGUGCUGCGCUGGCGGCUCUACGCUGGCGCCCAGGGUCGUGACACUACCGAAGUGACCUACGGCAGCGGUCGGGUCCUACUCGCUGAGGUCUACGACGCAGAGGUGGAAGGCGCCCUCGAGGGGCUUCGAGCGGCACUCACGUGGUCCCCCAGGACCCCGGACCAGCAGUGCCGGAUAGUCGUCUGCCUUGAUAACUCUGCGGCUAUAAGAGCCAUACGAGGCAGCCCAUCGAUCUCGUCGCAAGCGGCGGCGGAGAAGUUCGCUGAGGCCGCGGCUCGGCACGGAGACGUCAGGACGCGCUGGUGCCCCGGCCAUACGGGGAUCGCCGGCAACGAGCGGGCCGAUCAGCUAGCAAAGGAGGGCUGCCGGGCCCUAGGCCCGGACAGGCCGCCGACAUACGCGAACAUCAAGAGACAGGCCAAGGCUGCGGCCAGGCGCGACUUCCAGGACUGGUGGGCCGCGGGGGCCCCGAGCAGCUACAAGAGCCUAGGGCUCAAGGCCUCGCUCGGGUGCCCCGGAGCUGCACACCAAACGACAGCACCUCCAUCACCUGCUCGCUGCGAGGAGCGGGCACGGGGACUUCGCCGACUACCACGAAAGGUUUAA